AUGCCUGGUUCUGCUGCUGCUGCUGUAUCUGCUGUUAAUGGCGCUGCAGCAGCUGCUGCUGGUGGUGGGCGCUGGAGAUGUUACAGGGUUGGCGUGCUUCUGCUUGCUGCAGCAGCAGCAGCAGCAACAACUGCAGCAGCAACAACAAUAACGGCUGCAACACCGGCUACAGAUGCAGCAGCAGCAGCUGCUGCUGUUCCCACAGCAGCUGAAUUCGGGGUUCUAAGCACCGUCCCCAUACAGCCGUCUGUUUUUUCUUCUUCUCCGUUGUCUUCCGAUUUGCCUGUUGGCAAUUUCAAUUCUGCUGCAGCUGAUCUUCGCAUGCAGCAACAGCAGCAGGAAUGGGGCUUGCCGCAGCUGCAGCAGGAACAGGAGCAGCAGCAGCAACAGCUGGUGCAGCACCGACAAUGGCGUACAUUGCUGCAGCAGCAGCAGCAGAAAGGCUUACUGUUUCAGGUUGGUGUUGCUGCUUUGGCUUGUGCUGCUGCUGUAUUUCUUAUUUUUCGUUGUUAUAAGCGUCUGCAGCCGCAGCCGCAGCCUACUUCUAUCUCUGCCUCUCGCUCUUUAGCUGGUAUAGAAGACACUGCAUGCGGAGAAGACGAAGAUGAAGAAGAAUACGAAGAAGAAGAAUACGAAGGAGAAGGAGAAGACGAAGAAGAAGACGAAUAUGAACUAGAAUUAGCAGCAGCAGGAGCAGCGGGAGGAGCAGCAGGAUACACACCAGUGGAAGGACAACCACGAGAAGCAGCAGCAGCAGCAGCAGCAGCAUCCACUCUACAGGGACUGAAAGAACUGAUGAAUGAGUCGAUGUAUACAAUUCCUUUCUUAGCCGGAAACACGAAACAGCGACAAGGAGGAUUUAAAAAACAUCAUCUCUUCGAUCCAUACGGACGCCGACAACAAGGGGAUUAUAUACCCCACUCUCAUAUAGACGAGUUAAGAAAGCUAAGAACAAGAUUCAAGGGGCUACAAAAAAGAAUGGAAGUGGCCAUACAAGCAGACACACCCAAACGGCAGGAGCAGCAGCAGCAGGAGCAGCAGCAGCAGGAGCAGCAGCAGCAGGAGCAGCAGCAGCAGCAGGGGGGGGCGAUGGGAGAGGAACAGCAGGAGUGGCAGGAGGAGGAGUCGACGGAGACGCGCCUGCAGCACCACAGCAACCGCAGCAGCAACCGUGGCAGCAGCAGCCGCGAGGAGGGCACCCAGCAGCAGCAGCGGUUUCCUUCUGCUCCUUCAGCACAGCAACCGCAGCAGCAACCGUGGCAGCAGCAGCAGCGAGGAGGGCACCCGCAACAGCGCUUCCCGUCGCAACAGCUGCAGCAGCAGUUUCCAACUGCUCCUUCAGCACAGCAACCGCAGCAGCAACCGUGGCAGCAGCAGCAGCGAGGAGGGUACCCACGACAACGCUUCCCGUUGCAACAGCAGCAGCAGCGGUUUCCUUCUGCUCCUUCAGCGCAGCAACCGCAGCAGCGACCGUGGCAGCAGCAGCAGCGAGGAGGGUACCCACGACAACGCUUCCCGUCGCAACAGCAGCAGCAGCAGUUUCCUUCUGCUCCUUCAGCGCAGCAACCGCAGCAGCAACCGUGGCAGCAGCAGCCGCGAGGAGGGUACGCACGACAACGCUUCCCAUCGCAACAGCAGCAGCAGCAGUUUCCUCCUGCUCCUUCAGCGCAGCAACCGCAGCAGCGACCGUGGCAGCAGCAGCAGCAAGAACUGCAGCAGCUUCCUCCUGGUGGUUCUUCUUCUCCCGCUGGGAAGCGAUCCUUUGCUGAUGUGGUUGCUAAGUCGGGGGGAGACGGACCUCCUUCUAUUCCGCUUCUAUCUCCUCCUGAUCCUGCAGCAGCAGCAGCAGCAGCAGAAGCAGCGGCAGCAGCAGCAGCUGCUGCUGCUGCCGCGGCUGGAAGAUCAGCUCCUGCUUCUACGUCGGAGCCCUCCCUUUAUGCUCAUUGGCAAGAGAGCCAGCCAGAUAGCCAGGCAUCUACCGCGCUCGCUCAAGAGCUAGCAGCAAAGCUAGCUACAGAGCUAGCUGCCUCUCCUGCUCCCACUACACCUGGCGCACCGCCCGAGGUUGGCCAGGUAGCUCUUCAGCUAGCUAGCCAGCUAACUGAACAGCUAACUAUUAGUAUCACCACCAAGAUAGCUGCCUUAUCUUAUCUUUCUGCCCCCCCUCCUCCUGUCCAUGCACGCUGGCCUUCCCCGCACCCGUCAUUUGAGCCGCCACUGGAGCAGGAGCUUCAGCGACAGCAGCUACUGGAGCAGCUCCAGCAAGUGCAGGAACUGCAGCAGCAGAUCGAGGAGAUCGAGCAGCAGCAGCAGCAGCAGCAGCACCACCACCACCACCAGCCGCAGCACCAGCAGAAGCAGCACCAGCAGCAGCACGAGUGGCAUCAGCAGCAGGAGCAGCAGCAGCAGCAACAGCAGCAGCAGCAGCAGCGGCAGCAACAGCGGCAGCAACUGCAGCAGCAGCAGCAGCAGCAGCAGCAGGAGGAGCAACAGCAGCAGCAACUGCAGCAGCAGCAACAGCUGCUGCUGCUGCAGCAGCAGCUGCUGCAGCAGCUGCAGAUGCAGCAGCAGCAGCUGCAGCAGGAAGAGAUGGAGCAGCAGCAGCUGCGGCUGCUGCAGUUACAGCUGCAGCAGGUGGGGGAGCAGAUACGCGAGCUGCAGCAGCAGCUGAGCCGUCAAGCGAGCGGUCAUCAAGGGUUGCUGCCGAGCCUUCCGGGUGUCGGGCCUCUGCCAGGGUUUGGGCUACCCCCACAACCACCGCAUCAGCAGCAGCAGCAGCAGCAGCAACAGAAGCAUCAUCCUUAUUCUUCUCCUUUGCAGCAGCAGCAGUAUCCCCAUCAAUAUACACCUGGACCCUGGGGGCUACCGCUUGCUGCUGGCGAUGCUGCUGAUGAGGGAGACAGUUUGUCCGGUGCCUCCAUACCUCUGUCUACUUCUUCGUCGGCAGCAGCAUCAAGCAGCCGGUUUGCUGCUACUGCUGCUGCUGCAUCUUCUUAUUCUCCUUUUACUGCUGGAGAAUCAGGCCGGCAUCCCUCUUAUUCAGAUUCUUUCUAUCCUUCUCCCCCUUUCUUCCCACCUCCACAAUACCCCCAAGACGCAGGAGCAGAAGAAACCGCAGCAGCAGCAGCAGCAGUAGCAGACGAUGAUGAAUGGGGAGGCGUCUUCUCCCCGGUUUCAAGUGUAGAGCCAGAAAGCAGCGCCCCCUUGUCAGCGUUUAUGGGUGUAGAAAGCGGAAUGCCUCUGCCUGAACCUAUGCCAGAACCCUCGUUUUUUCCUGGUGAUGAUGAGCAGCAGCAUCAGCCGCCGCUGCCCACAGUUUUCAAGGGUGUAGAAAGCGGAAUGCCUCUGCCUCCGCCAACGCCAGAACCCUCCUUUCCUUUUGCUUCUGUUGAUGAACAGCAGCAGCAGCAGCAGCAGCAGCAGCAGUUGCACCCGCCUGAGGGCUAUUGGGGAACACGGGGCUGGGGAGAUGACGGCAGCAGCAGCAGCAGCGGCAGAAGCGGCAGCAGCAGCAGACCAUAA